AGCAAAGAAAUCUGCCCUGUUUCUGCAGUUUUGGAACAACAUCAGAGGACUGAAAUUUUCUGCCCAGUUUCAACUGUUUUUGGUGCUUCAGCUACUGCACAGUUUGAGCUGAAUUUCUGCCCUGUUCAGCUGCAGUCUGCUGAAAUUUGCACAGUAUUCUACACAGUUUCUCCACCAAUUCGAGCUGCUGAAAUUUGUAUCAUGGAGUACGGACAAACUUCUACUCCUAAUUGUGAUCCACGGAGUGAGACUCUGAUGCAUGAUGUUGUUUCUAUGCUUUAUGACAUAAGCGAGAAGGUUACCAACUUAAGUGAGAAGGUUACCAAUGUUAGCAUACAGCAACACCAAACGGAUGCAAGGGAAAAAUUGCAACACCACCAACCCAACCAAAUACCACAAAAGUUACCAAGGCAACCACAAAAGUUACCAAGGCAACCACAAGGUUACCAAGAGAUAGAGACUACAAGAUUGAGGUGUGAUGUUGAUGAUGAUGACCAAGUUGUCAUCACUAGAAUUUUGGCGGGUCUUCACAAGGAAAUUGGUGAGGCUUUGGAGCUUCAAAAGUUUGAAAGAUUGGAAGAUGCUUACUUGAUGGCCUUGAAGGUAGAAAGGUGCAAAGAAAACAAAAGCUACAAGUCAAAGGCUACAACUUGGAACAAGAAUGAUAAGCCUUGGAAAUCCACAAACAAUUGGGAGAAAUCCAAAGAUUCCAAGUAUGGUCCCAAGGUUCAAGUGGACAAAAACAAGCUAAAAGUGGAAACUAAAGGGACUUCCAAUGUUCAAACCAAGUCCCUUAGCAAUGUGCGAUGCCAUAAAUGUCAAAGACUUGGUCACUACAUGAAAGAUUGUCCAAAUAGAAGAACUAUCAUUGCUAUGGAUGAUGGAAGCUAUAGAACCGAAGCUAGUGACCAAGAGCAUAGAGAUAGUGAACAUGAAACAAGUGAUGAAGAAUUAGAAGAACAAGAAGAUGAUGGGCCGAGAUCUUACUUGGUAACAAGAAAAGUUUUGGCCGUAGCUAGAGAAGAUCAAGAUCAAAGGGAGAAUCUAUUUCAUGGAAGAUGCAAAAUUUUGGGAAACCUUUGCUCUCUCAUCAUUGAUAGCGGAAGUUGUGCUAAUGUAGUAAGUUCCUCUUUGCUUGAACAAAUAGAUUUGCCAACAAAGAAGCAUCCUUCAUCUAGACUACAAUGGCUACAUGAGUGUGGAGACCUUCGAGUCACCAAAAUGGUGCUCAUAAAAUUCAAAAUAGGGAGAUAUGAAGAUGAGUUUUGGUGUGAUGUUGUUCCUAUGCAAGCUUGUCAUCUACUUUUGGGGCGACCUUGGCAAUAUGAUAGGUAUGCAAAGCAUGAUGGGAGAACAAACAAGUAUUCACUUAUCAAGGAUGGCCAAAGGUUUACUCUCCGUCCCAUAACCCCGUUUCAAGUAAGUGAGGAUUACAAGAUAAUGAGAGAGUUGAGACAAAAGGUGAAGAGUGAACAAAAGAAGGAGAAGAGAGAAGUGGUACCGAGACCGCGGGUGAGCUUCCUUGCAAACAACUACAAGCCUCUAAGGGAAGUUGCUCAUGAACCAACUAUCUUUCUUGUUAUGCAUAAAGAUUGUUUGAUUGCUAAUGAUAUUCUUUCUACCUUACCUAGUUCCAUUUCUUCUCUUUUGCAAGAUUUUGAAGAUGUCUUUCCGGAUGAGCUACCAAAGGAGCUUCCCCCACUUAGAGGCAUUGAGCAUCAAAUUGACUUUGUGCCCGAAUCUCAACUUCCCAACCAAGCCGCCUAUAGGAGCAAUCCCGAAGCUAUAAAUGAACUUCAUAAGCAAGUGGAAGAGCUUCUAGAGAUGGGAUUUGUUCGUGAAAGUUUGAGCCCAUGUACGGUCCCGGUCAUUCUAGUGCUAAAGAAGGAUGGGAGUUGGAGGAUGUGUGUUGAUUGUAGAGCCAUCAACAAAAUCACGGUAAAGUAUCGUCAUCCUAUCCCUAGGUUAGAUGAUCUUCUUGAUGAGUUGAGUGGUUCUCAAAUCUUUUCUAAAAUUUACUUGCGAAGUGGCUAUCACCAAAUACGAAUGAAACUCGGUGAUGAAUGGAAACCGCCUUCAAGACCAUGUUUGCCUUUCAUAGGCAAGUUUGUUGUGGUUUAUUUUGAUGACAUUCUAGUAUACUCUAAAACACUUGAGGAGCAUGUAGAACACCUUCAUUAUAUUUUUGAGGCUCUUAGGCGAGAAAGAUUAUUUGCUAAUUUGAAAAAGUGCAAUUUUUGUGUUGAUAAAGUUGUCUUUCUUGGCUUUGUUGUUAGUGCUCAAGGUGUUGAGGUUGGUGAAUCUAAGGUAGUGGCAAUUAGGAAUUGGCCUAGGCCUAAGUCCACCGGGGAUGUUAGGAGUUUUUAUGGUUUAGUGGGUUUUUAUAGAAGAUUUGUAAAAGGGUUUAGUACUAUUGCCGCACCUUUGACCCAAAUUAUCAAGAAAGAUGAGAGUUUUCUUUGGGGUCUUGUACAAGAGGAGGCUUUCAAUGCCUUGAAAGAAGCUUUGAGUAGUGCGCCACUCUUACAAUUGCCAAACUUUGAUAAGACCUUUGAGAUAGAGUGUGAUGCAAGCCAAAUAGGCAUUGAAGCAGUUCUUAUGCAAGAUGGAAAGCCUUUAGCCUAUUUUAGUGAAAAACUUAAGGGAGCUUGUUUGAAGUACUCUAACUAUGAUAGGGAGUUGUAUGCCUUAGUGAGAGUCAUAGCUACUUGGAGACACUACCUUUGGCACAGGGAGUUUGUUGUUAAAACCGAUCAUGAUGCUUUGAAGCACCUUAGAAUCCAAGGACGAAGAGGGGAAAAGAUAGCAUCUUUGUGGUUGUUGAUCGAUUUUCUAAGAUGGCUCAUUUUUAUACCUUGCCAUAAGAGUGAUGAUGCUACACAUGUACUUGAUCUGUUUGUAAACGAUGUGCUUAAGUUGCAUGGGGUUCCUAGAUCUAUUGUUAGUGAUAGGGAUACCAAUUUAGAUGCCAAGAAAAGGGCCGAGGCUAUGAAGAAGAUUCAUGAGAAGGCAAGACAUCAACUUGAGAAAAUGAAUGACAAAGCGGCUUCUAGGGCCAACAAAGAAAGAAAGCGGAUGAUAUUUGAACCCGGUGAUUGG